UGCUUGUUAUAGAGUCCACUGAGUCUUGCACAGAGAAAGCAGGCAAAGAAGAGCAAAAUGUCGACAAUGGCGGCUCCUAAGAACAACAGCCAAUGCACCAAGAAGCGCCCUAACAGAGGAUCUUGGACCGCUGAGGAAGACCAAAAACUGUCCCAAGCCAUCGAAACAUAUGGCUCAAAACGCUGGGAAUCAAUUGCUGUCAAAGCAGGUUUGAGUCACGGCGGGAAGAGUUGCAGAUUGAGAUGGUUGAAUUAUCUAAGACCCAACAUCAAGAAGGGCAACAUAUCAGACCAAGAAAAGGACUUGAUACUCAGGCUUCAUAAACUUCUAGGGAACAGGUGGUCUUUGAUUGCUGGAAGACUACCUGGUCGGACUGACAAUGAAAUCAAGAACUAUUGGAAUUCCCGUUUGAGCAAGAAAUUAAGGUUCCAAUCGAAGCGAAAGAUAAGCAAAACAACACAAGCAUAUAAAAAACUGCAAAAAACUAAAGAAAUAAAGACAGAGAAGGCAGCAGGAAUCGUUAAGGAUGAGGGAACAUCUAAAAUAGAUGAGAACUCAAAAAUUAACUUAAUUGAGAAUGGAGACGCAUUAUUUGAUUGUUUUGAGGAAGGACCUCCGAGCUUGGAGUGGAUGAGAGAAUUCCUAGAAGUGGAUGAGGGUUGUUAUGUAUGAAUUUUUAUGAAAUUAAUGAGCUUUUUUACUCUUUUUUGUGCUCACCUUUUAUGUGUCUCUAUCAUCUCAAGAAUGCCUCAAAUUAUCAAAGUAAUAUGUUUAUUUA